AGAAAAGAGCAUUACUAGCUUACUGCAUGUAUAACUAUUGUUGUAACCCUAGUAACAGUGCAUCUCUUGAUUCUCUCUUCCCAUGAAAAUAGAACAACAGCCGAAGCAGGCCAACAACAUCAACGUGACUCCCUCAAAGCCUUAACCUAUCUUCUGCUCCAGCAGCAACUUGACUCCCUCGCUCCCUCGUCUUUUGUUUUUACUUGCUCUAUCUCUUCUCUUCAUCACUGUCAAUGUUGUUGUCCUACCUCCUUCCUCUUGCAUUUGAUUAUCAGAUCUGUUUCUCAGUGUUUUUUUCUUCUCUGCCAUAAACGACUUUUGGGUACCAUCUUUUUCCCUUUUUUGGCCAUAAAUGACGCCGUUUGAUCAAAACCUUCCGGAUUCCGGUUCGGUCACUGAUUUCCGGAUUGUUUUACAUUUUUUUGGCGGUUUGAACAUUAGACGAUUUUGUUUAUAAACCGAAUCGGACUAGACAUCGGUUUCCGGUUAAACCGGUUCGACCGUACGGUCCGGUACGAUUUUCAGAACAUUGCCUGAUAACCGUCCAUUCAUCAUCAACCGUGAGAGCUUCAAUGGCUUCGCGCUUUUUCUUCCUCCUCCGUACCAACGCCAUCAAUAAACCUUCCAAAGCCCUAAUCCCAACCCUUCCAAACCCUAUUUUCUCCAUUUUCAGUUCGCAAUUGUCCACCUCCUUCCUCGUCACCAAAACCCCAAAGAAGCUCCGAAAGAAGCGCAAGAAAAAGGACAGUCCAAGAACCAAGCGCGUUCAGACCCAACCCAACCUCAUUCCUCACCUUGAGCGCAUUGUCGAACGCGACGCGCUCUUCAGAUUCAUCAACAAAACCAAGCAAUUCCUCUCCGCGCAACCGGAGCACGUGCUACGCCUCGACGACGCCGGGAAACUCCAUCGCGAGCUAGGGUUCCCUCGCGGCCGCAAUGUUACGCGCUUCAUACUCCGCCACCCGCUUCUCCUCCAGACCUACCGCCACACCGACGGCAAGAUGUGGUUAGGGUUCACUGAUCUCAUGGAAAACCUUCUCAUGGAGGAGCAGGCAAUCAUGGAUUCCAUGGAGCAAGACCGCGUUGCAAAGGUACGAAAAUUGCUCAUGAUGACGUCACAAAAGCGUGUUCCUUUAAGCAAAAUUCACCACUGUAGAACCGUGUUCGGCAUACCUGACGAUUUCAGGGAUCGGGUGAAGAAAUACCCGAAUUACUUUCGGGUCGUGGAUGGUGGUGGCGGAAAGAGGGUCCUUGAGUUGGUUAAUUGGGAUCCUCUGUUAGCGGUGAGUGCAAUUGAGAGGGAAUUCGUGGUUGAUGAGGAUGGUGCUAAGAGGAAGUUUAGGUUUCCGGUGAAGUAUGGUAGGGAUUUGGGUUUGGAAUUGGAGGAUACUAGGAAGCUGAACUUGUUGAACACUUUGCCUUUGGUUUCGCCUUAUUCGGAUGGGUCGAAGUUGGAUGUGUGGACCAUUGAAGCGGAGAAGUUUAGGGUUGGUGUGGUUCAUGAAUUUUUGAGCUUGACAUUGGAGAAGAAGGCAUCAAUUCACCACCUUGUGGAGUUCAAGGAAGAGUUUUGUUUGACAAAGCAUACUUACCAUAUGCUGUUGAAGCAGCCAAGGGCAUUUUAUUUGGCGGGGACUGAGAUGAACUGGGUUGUGUUCCUGAAGGAUGCUUAUGAUGAGAGUGGUAAUUUGGUUGAUAAGGAUCCACAGGUGAUGUUCAAUGAGAAGUUGUUUAAGUACGCUCAGAUGCAAGAAAUGGAAACUGGUUCUGAGGCUGAGAUAGAAAUGCAAUGAUUUACUUGAGGUUUCUGAAUGGCGAGUCCGUGUUGGGUUUAUUAUUGUAUUUGCCGGGAUUGGAAAUGAACCUGAAAAAUGAGCUUGCGGAUUUAUGAGUGAAUGUUUAUGGAACUAGUUGCAACUGGCAGGUGAUUUAACUAUAAAUUGUAAUUUUGUAUAACAGCAUCGCAUUGGAACUUCAAUAAAUAUAAAUUGGUUCGGCAAAAUGUGGGCAUAAAUGGUGGUCAAGUUCAACUCACGCUUGAGAAAGGAUCUUCCUGCUUGGAAGUUGGAAUGAUGGGUGCUCUAAGAUGAAAGCUCAAAGAUUAGAAUGAAAUGGCUUUCUGAUACUAUAGAUGAACACGAUGUUUCCUUGGAUAAUUCAUUCUGUUCUGGUGAUUGGCUUGACAUGUAUUCACUAGUUCCCAGGAUGAAAGAAGAGGUUGGGGAGAAAUUAAAGUUGAUAAUGUCUUGUCUUAGAUGGUUUGGCUUGCACACAUGAACAUUACAUAGGUGGCAACCAUUUUAGUUUGUCGACCACAUCCUCUCAUCUAACCACACUAUAAGAUUCUGUCUACUAACGUGUAAUAUAAUAUCAUGGUUUCAUUUGUUUCAAGACUUUCAUAAUUAUUGGCAUUACAAAGCUCUCCUCUGAUUGGGGAGUAAAUACUAAUUUUCAAAUAUCCUUUCUAGUUUCCAUCACCAUAUGCUUUAUCUAAAUUGUCUUUUCCAACACAGUUUUAUGUGAAUUUAGGCUAACAGUUAAAUAUCCGACAAAAUAAUUAUAACUGCUCCUGACUUUGCAUAGCUGCUUUUUGCAUCGAGUUUGAUGUUAACCUUUAA